AUGGCCAAAUCUCCAGAAACUGAGCACCCUGUCAAGGUUUAUGGAUGGGGUUCAAGAAACUCAUCUGGGGUCUUAGCUCCUAUCAAAUUCUCCAGAAGGGCGACCGGAGAGCAUGAUGUGCAGUUGAAAGUGUUGUAUUGCGGGAUCUGCCAUACGGAUCUUCAUGUGGUCAAGAAUGAUUGGGGCUUCACUCAGUAUCCAAUUAUUCCUGGGCACGAGAUUGUAGGUGAAGUAACUGAGGUUGGUAGCAAGGUGGAGAAAGUCAAGGUUGGGGACAAAGUGGGAGUAGGAUGUUUAGUUGGAUCGUGUCGCCAGUGUGAUCAGUGCACCAAUGAUCUUGAAAACUACUGUCCAAAAGUUAUAUGGACCUAUGGCUCGGUUUACACUGAUGGUACCCUAACACAAGGAGGUUAUUCUAAUUUAAUGGUUGUCGACGAGCAUUUCAUUGUUCUUUGGCCCGAGAACUUCCCCCUCGACGUUGGUUCUCCUCUCUUAUGUGCUGGAAUUACGACUUACAGUCCCUUGAGGUACUUCGGACUUGACAAACCGGGAAUGAAUAUUGGUGUUGUUGGGCUUGGCGGGCUUGGCCAUGUAGCUGUGAAGUUUGCCAAGGCUUUUGGUACUAAUGUUACAGUUAUCAGUACAUCUAUUAAUAAGAAGAAGGAAGCUAUUGAAAAACUUGGCGCAGACUCUUUUUUGGUUAGCCGUGAUCCGGAGGAGAUGAAGGCUGCAGCUGGGACGUUGGACGGAAUCAUCGAUACUGUAUCUGCUACUCACCCCCUUUCACCCUUAAUUAAUUUGUUGAAGCCUCAUGGAAAGAUGGUACUGGUUGGCGCACCGGCACAGCCACUCGAGUUGCCUGUGUUUCCAUUGCUUACAGGUAGAAAGACAAUAGCCGGCAGUGGAGUAGGAGGAAUGAAAGAAACGCAAGAAAUGAUCGAUUUUGCAGCAAAGCACAACAUAUUACCAGAUGUGGAGAUCAUCCCCAUUGAUUAUAUCAACAAGGCAAUGGUUCGCCUUGUGAAAUCUGAUGUUAAAUACCGGUUUGUUAUCGACAUUGCAAAAUCAUUGCGGCCCGAGUACCAGCUUCACAGUUUCAUGAAGUUUUGCAUGAAGUCGUGUGUUGUAAUAUUAUCAGUCUUCGUGACAUUUAUUUUGUGUGGUAUUAUAUUCCGAUUCAUGAGCUCAUAA